AUUUCUCAGAGCAAGUUCAGUUUGCGGGUCGGUCUUUCUUUGUCGGUCAGUUCGUCGUCGGUUUCAAAUAGAAAUAAGGUUUUGAAUUUUAACAGUUUUUUUUAUCCUACGGACAUUUAAGCUUAGACAGCUUCGGUUACCGGCUUUUUAUCGGCGACUUUUAAGGUGGAAACUGAAAGAGAAUCGAGAGAGAGUUAUCCGGAUGCCAAAUUCUACAAGCGAGAACAAUGGCAUCAUCAAGUUCGGAAGAAGAAGAAGAACGAGCAAAAUUGAAAGCUGCAAUUGAUCCUGUGUUUCAUCUGAAGUUAGAAAGCAAGAUUAAGGAAGAUAAGAAGAGUAGCGAGCCGACAAGCUCGAAAACCUUAAUUUCUAAUCCUGCGGAUGUUGAUGGAAAAGUACCACAAUUGUUUUCAUCAUCAUCGCCAUUAACGUGUGAGUCAAUCGUGAACAAGAUAUUUUUUACUGAGGCAUCGUUUCCGAAGCCAUAUUCGCUCGAUGUUACUCCCGAGACGCAAAACUUCAUCGCAAAGAAAUUGUCCAUAGCUUUGGAAACAAGGCUAGAAGUCGUUGUUGAGAAUAGUGAACCCAGUCAUCAGGAUCAUGUGGAUUGUGAUGAAGAUGGAAUUUUUUUGCUCAGUUCAUCUCUGAAAAGGAUCUCUUCACAAGACAUUAUGCAGGGUUCUGAAGGUUCUCCAAAGAAACAGAAGAAGCCAGUACUGAAAAGAAGGCACUUUGAAGAUAGUGACGAGGAAUAUAAAGAUGAAUACGAAAAGUUGCGUGCCGUUGCGGUGACGGCAGACUGGUUGAAAGAAACGUCACUCUAUUAUUAGUAUCUAUAAUAAGUUAAAAAAAACAAUCAUGAUCUGGUCAAUAUUAUGUUAAAUUAUCGGUAAAUUAAGUUACGUGCAUGUAUUAAUAUGGCUUAGUAGAGGCAAUAGUGGUCGGAGUUUCGUUCAAAACUCCGUUUGCAACGGAGACGCAAGUAUUUAAAACGGUGAGAUGGUCAUUUAUUUUUUUAGCACGGGAUUGAGAGUUUGAACAAUUUGUAAUAAAAUCCUCUGCCUUGUUCAAGACUUCUUGUAUAGUUUCUUCUGUUACGUUGGUGUUAUCAACGACAAUCUAAAUGUGAAAGAUACAAAUUAACUGUGAACAUAAAGACUGAAAUAAAGUAAUAUUUUU